AUGCAAGGCCAGAAGUAUCCGUUCCGUACUCGCCCCAUAUCUUGCGCUCACAAAAGCAACUUUUUGGGUACAUCCAUCAUGUACGUGCCAGGCCGUGUCAUGCUUCCUCCCUUCCUCUUGUCCAGCUCUUCCCUCCCAUCACAUCUCGACUCGGCAUCCCUUCCAGUUCCCGUCCGUGGUCUUUUGGCACUUUGCCAUUUUCUCUGUCAGGUACGGUACGCCUCAUCAACGCCUCAAGCCGCAGAGUCCCUUCACUCCCCCUCCACUUCCAGCCCGCUACUCGCUUCUAGUCAGCCUUAG